AUGUCGUACAAGUUAGUGAUUCCUAAGCGGUUACUUACCUACUAUUCCAACAAGCUUGAAACGAUUUUAACGCGUUUCAAAGAAGACGGGUUGGAAUCCGUCAACCUUUCUGGCACAGAGGGAGAUCCCUUACCCUCCUUCAUUCGAGAUAGUCUUCAGCGACUAGAAGAUGGAGCAGGAGCUAUCGAAGCAGCCAUUUCAAAGACUGAGCGCCAGUUGCAAGAUUAUGCUACCGAAUUAGCCAACCUAACCGAAGAUGAACCCAAAGACAACAAUGAAUUUGAAGUCUACUCGACUAAGGCACAAGAAUCCUUGACCUUGGCCUUUGACUACAUGCUACAACUUCAAGUUCGAAUUCAAGCGUUUCGUUCCUACGCUAGUAAUCCACAAGUUCCUCAGAACCUUCCAUCAAGAUCUAGUGAUGCAAAUAUUGUGAAUGAGUCAGCAUUUUCGCCUAAGCAGCUAGAAUUGCUCGCUCUUCCUAUCCCGAAGUUUAGCGGUAACAUUUGGGAAUAG